AUGAGCAAAAGAUUUUUCACUGCCCGUGAGGCUCUUGAUCACAUCUUUGAGGAGGGAGAUCAGGCUUUGGGGGAGAGAGAUCAGGCUGAAAUUGAAGAAGAUGUGUCUGAGGAUAAAGAUGAUGUGGAGUAUGUGCCUGAACAUGAUGAAGACACAUCUGAUGAGGAAGUAGGCUUGGAUGAGCGAGAACAACAGGAGGUCUUCAUGUCAAGGAAUGGCAAGAUGGCAUGGUCCAAGAUCCCUUAUGAAACCAAAGGCCGAGCACAAGCUCAGAACAUCAUCAGAAUGACCCCUGGGCCCACUAGAUUUGCAGUGUCAUAUGUCCAAGAUAUAAAGACAGCGUUUGGGCUGUUCAUACCACAGUCUAUCCAGACUAUCUUGAUUGAGAUGAGGAACCUGGAAGGGAGAAGAGUGUUUGGCAACAGUUGGAAGGAAAUAGACAAAACCUAUCUGGAUGUUUACUUCGGGCUGUUGCUUCUUGCUGGCAUGUAUAGAUCCAAUAAUGAGGCUACUGCCUGUCUAUGGGAUGCAGAGACAGGCUGGAGUAUUUUUCAUGCGACCAUGUCACUUCAGACCUUCCAUGUCUUGUCAAGAGUCAUUCGCUUUGACAAUCGGGAAACCAGAGUUGCUCGCCGUGCUCAUGACAAACUUGCUCCCAUUAGGGAGGUUUGGGUCAAGUGGGUGGAACGCUUGCCAUGCGUCUACAAUCCAGGGCCAGAGGUCACUGUAGAUGAGCGACUAGUCCUGUUCAGAGGCCGCUGUCCCUUCAGGCAGUAUAUCCCAAGCAAACCUGGGAAAUAUGGGAUUAAAAUCUGGGCAGCGUGCGAUGCCAGGACCAGCUAUGCAUGGAACAUGCAAGUAUACACCGGAAAAUCUGCAAGUGGAAUGGCAGAGAAAAAUCAAGGCAUGCGGGUGGUGCUGGACAUGACACAGGGGUUUCGAGGGCACAACAUCACCUAUGAUAACUUCUUCACAUCUUAUGCCCUCGACCAAGAACUGCUGAAGAAAAAACUGACCAUGAUAGGAACAGUCAGGAAGAAUAAACCUGAGCUUCUUUCUGCACUGCUAGACACAAAGGACAGAGCUCCUCUCUCCUCAAAGUUUGCAUUUACGGAGACCACCACAACGGUGUCAUACUGUCCAAAGAAAAAGAAAAAUGUCGUCAUGAUGUCCACUCUCUACAAUAAUGCUGCUGUGAGCAGUGGGGAGGACAAAAAGCCAAACAUUAUCCUGGACUACAACAGCAACAAAGGCGGAGUCGACAACCUCGACAAGGUCACUGGCACGUACACUUGCCAAAGGAAGACGGUCCGGUGGCCAUUGGCUGUCUUUUAUAACAUUCUUGAUGUCUCAGCCUACAGUACGUUCGUGGUGUGGACUGAAAUAAAUCCUGGGUGGAACAACGGCAAGUUCAACGACAGGAGGCUCUUUCUUCAGGAGCUGGGGAGAGCUCUGGUGAAUCCCCACAUUGAACAACGUCAGUCGGUUCCCCGAACUCCUGGCUCUGCCAACUUGGUGAGAGAGCUGCAGGCUGCAACCACAUCAGCAACCUCCACCAGGACUGAGCCAGAGGACGCCAGUGGCAGCAAGAGAAAGAGGUGCCAGUCCUGCCCUUCCAACAAGGACAGAAAAACCAGCACGACUUGCCACACUUGUAAAAAAAAUACAUCUGCAAAGAGCACACUCAAUUGCAUACUGUGA